AUGCGUGGGGAGCGGCUGGCACUCAUGAGCAACUCUCCACCUAAGUCUACGUACACAUCACCACCAGUGCUGCUGACCCCAAGGCCCUACGAUUUAAGUCACAAGCUACCAAGUCUCCAGCACGUGGGUGGCAGCCGCCCCGCCGGCGGGCGGGCUGUGGCGCAGCAGUGGCCCGGGCCGUGGGCUCGCGCGCCUGCCAACCCCAGCCCGCUCGUGCGCGCUCACCUUUACCCCCCUGCGGGGCUCGGGCCCCCAAACCAGCCUGAGAACAGGAGGAGGAGCCGCGGCAACGGGGUAGAGAGAAGCCUGGCGCGGCCUCGUCGGUCCCAGUUCCUGUGUGUCCGGCCGAGCCCUCCACAGCGGCUGUUCAAUCCCACUUGGAACUUCUCUUUCUUGGUGGUGGUGGUGGGAGUUGAGACAGGGUCCCCCCCUAUGAAUUCCAGGCUGGCCUUGAUUCCCUAUGGAGCCCAGGCGGCGGGGAGGGGCCGGCAAGCGGGCCCCGCCGAGCCCGGGGAGGGGCCGGCGGCGGGGAGGGGCCGGGGGGUGUCGAGCACCCCGGGUGGCCGCGAGGCGUGUCCCCGCGGUGCCCCGAAGGAGUUCCAGGGCCUGCAGCUGGAGAGAGAGGCCUGCUUGGCCUCUAACUAUGCGCUGGCCAAGGAGAACCUGGCACUGCGGCCCCGCCUGGAGAUGGGUCGGGCUGCUCUGGCUAUCAAGUACCAGGAGCUCCGAGAGGUGGCUGAGAACUGCGCAGACAAACUACAGCGACUGGAGGAGACCAUGCAUCGCUGGAGUCCCCACUGUGCACUGGGCUGGCUGCAGGCUGAGCUGGAAGAGGCUGAGCAGGAGGCUGAGGAGCACAUGGAGCAGUUGCUGCUUGGUGAGCAGAGCUUGGAGGCCUUCCUGCCUGCCUUCCAGCGUGGCCGGGCCCUGGCCCACCUGAGGCGGACCCAGGCCGAGAAACUGCAGGAGCUGCUGCGGCGCAGGGAGCGUUCUGCCCAGUCAGCCCCCACCGCUGCUGCUGAUGCCCCCAAACCCUUCCCAGCUGCAGCUGUCCUGCCCACUGGGGCCGCCCGGGGGCCACCUGCUGUACCCAGGAGCCUACCCCCCUUGGACUCCCGCCCAGUGCUCCCACUGAAGGGCUCUCCCGGGUGCCCCCUCGGCCCAGCACCUCUGCUGAGCCCCCGGCCCUCUCAGCCAGAGCCCCCCCACCGGUAGGAUCCAGGGUGUGGCCCCCCAGUGGGGGGUCCAGACAAACUUGAUUAGAGGCUCCUCCUCCUCCCCCACUGCCUGGGUGGGGGGAGGGGCAGGCCCCUCCCCCUGGCCUCAGGCAGGCCCUGGCCCUGGAGGCUGAGCUGGGGAGGAGGUCACCUGGAGGAGGCUGAGAGGGCUGGGGGUGGGUGGGCAGGGUGUUGGGCCCUGGCACUGAGGAACCUCUGCCUUUGUCGUCUCCCGGGCUGGGGCCUCUAGGGCCAUGGGCCAGGCCCAUGCAAGAACUGUACUCACCCAGGGGCCUAGGAAGGUACCCACUUCCCUGGGGGCUCUGCCCAGGGGGCCUGUUGCACCUUGCUGCUCUACCGGCUUGCACAAUGCCAAGGCCAACGGGAGUGUUUUCCAUCAUAUCCUGAGCCUAUCUUUCCCCCAGCUCUGGAGUCACCACCUAGGAGCCAGCGGCCAGGCCCCAGCUGUGGGGUCAGGGACACUGCGGCCCUGGGCUGCUCUGGGACCCUCUUCUGCUCCUUCCUGGAGCAGGGUAGGCCAGGGGGCAUCUGACCCGCACAGGCGAGAGUGGGCCAUCCCCAGGAAAGACCAUUCUGUAUUUUUCUGUCCCUGUCUCCUUAGAAUGGAACCUUUUUGAGGGCAGGUCCUUGUCUUUGUAUGUUCUGUCCCCAGCCCCGCCUCCUAGGGGCCGUCAAUAAAUGUGAUGAUGAAGAUGC